AUGAGCGCAAAUCAACGAACAGAUUGCUUCUUCAAUCUGACCACACCCGAACGCAUCGAUCUUUUUCGUAGACGACAAGCGUUACGUGUGGAGAAUGUGUUCCGAACGUUCUACGGGUGGGCGAUGCUGCCGCUGGCGAUUUGUGGAGCCAUUGCCACCAUUAUUUUUAUUAUCAGUUGUUAUAAGGCCAUAAAAGCGCGCCGUGUAUCCCGAAAAUGCUACGCUCUCCUCAUGAAUCGUGCAAUCGGAGAUGCUCUCACAUGUUGCUCCGCUCUGGUGACUUGUGCAUAUGUGCUAACGUGGCAUGAUAUCAACCGAGACAUGGUAGUGGUCAUCGAGUCGUUCUUCAUCGGAAGUUUCUGGUCGGCAAUGGUCUCCUAUUGCUCUUUGUCUUUAUUGAAGUUGUUCGCUGUCUGGAAGCCGUUUCAUUAUAGAAAAUGGUUUACCAUGAGGAGAUGUGUUAAUUUGAUGAUUAUUAGCUGGACGAUCCUCGUACUAAUGGUCAGUUACACGUUAGCCGUCUCGGCUCUUGUCAAAAUUCCAGACCUCAACGCAUGGUCAGGGUGUAAAGCGGAGACUUGUCUCAGGAAUAUGUAUAGAUCUCGCAACCUGAUGACAGCAUCCGUCUAUUGUUUCACUAUACUUGUCUUUGUGAUCACUUGUUUCUUCAUACGAAAAGCUCAAAACUUUAGUAACUCAUUCAAAAAACGCGAGAAGGACGGUGGCGGACGGAUACGGAUGGUGCGGUUCCCGUUGUGGAAGUUGGCGUUGAAUGUGGGAACUUUUGCGAUUUUGAACGUUCCUUAUGCGAUUUGGUGCAUCGGCCUGUUCCUCAACCCAUACCCAUGUCUCUUCCAACGAAACUACUCUGAAAUGAUGCGUCUCCUCGGAUGUAUCCGUCUCUUCCUAGUCAUUCGAUGCAUCCUCGACCCAGUCCUCUCGUUUAUCACUGAUUUUCAGCUGCGUCGCGGGUUCCUGGAACUGUUCGGUCAGGGCAGGAAAGUUGGGGAUCACCAGCGUGGAACAUUCAAACAAAGCUACAGCUCGUCGAGUGCAGAUCAGAAUUCGAUUAUCGAUCGGGCGACGAGAAGUCAGACGGUUACAACGAUUGCAAGUUCAAAUCCAUCCACAAAGGACAAAACGAAGAAGUCGGCGAGUUUCGGAGGAUUGGAGGUCGAUCGGAAAAUCGAUCGGUUUUAA